CUCACCACCAUCACUAUCACCACCACCCUCACCACCACCACCACCAUCACCACCACCCUCACCACCACCACCCUCACCACCACCACCCUCACCACCACCACCCUCACCACCACCACCCUCACCACCACCACCCUCACCACCAUCACAACCCUAACCACCAUCAUCAUCACCACCACCCUCACCACCCUCACCACCACCACCAUCACCACCACCCUCACCACCACCACCACCCUCACCACCACCACCCUCACCACCACCACCACCCUCACCACCACCACCACCCUCACCACCACCACCACCCUCACCACCACCACCACCACCACCACCACCCUCACCACCCUCACCACCACCACCCUCACCACCAUCACCACCCUAACCACCAUCAUCAUCAUCACCACCACCACCACCACCCUCACCACCACGGUCACCACCAUCACACCACCCUCACCACCACCACCACCAUCAUCACCACCACCACCACCACCCUCACCACCACCACCACCACCCUCACCACCACCACCACCACCCUCACCACCACCGUCACCACCACCACCGUCACCACCACCCUCACCACCACCACCCUCACCACCACCAUCACCACCCUCAUCACCACCAUCACCCUCACCACCACCACCACCACCCUCACCACCAUCAUCAUCACCACCACCAUCACCACCACCCUCGACAACAACCACAAACACAACAACAACAACAAACACAACAACAACAACCACAACAACCACAACAACAACAACAAACACAACAACAACAAACACAACAACAACAACAACAACCACAACAACAACAAAAAACACAACAACAAACACAACAACAACAACAAACACAACAACAACAACCACAACAACAACAACAACCACAACAACAACAAACACAACUACCACCACAACCACCGCAACCACCGCUACCACCACCACCGCCGCCACCACCGCCACAACAACCACCACUACCACCACUACCAUCGCUACUACCACUAACACCACAACCACCGAUAUCACCACUGCCACCACCACUACCACCACAACUACCGAUACACCACCACUACCAGCAGCACCACCAUCACCACCAUCACCACCACUACCAUCACCACCACCAUCACCAUCACCACCAUCACCAUCUCUACCACCACCAUCACCACCACUACCAUCACCACCAUCACCACCACCAUCACCACCAUCACCAUCUCUACCACCACCCACCACCAUCACCAUCACCACCAUCACCAUCUCUACCACCACCAUCACCACCACUACCAUCACUACCACCACCAUCACCACUAUCACCAUCACCACUAUCACCAUCACCACCACCACUAACACCACCACCACCAAACUCACAUCCUCCACUCUCUCACACACCCCAACAUCACCUUGGUUCAGGCUCAGGGGCCACGCUGCGGAGUUCCAUGGGGCUCAGGGAGUUCACGUGCGGGGGGGGUGA